AUGGACCCAUCAAGAAUGAGAGAUGCACUUGAACCAGGAAAUGUUUCAUUGAUAGAGAAGAUGAGAGUGAGGAAGGCAAUUGAAGAAACUAAAAUCCCCUUCACUUAUGUGUCUGCCAACUGCUUUGGUGGUUACUUUGUGGGUAGCCUCUGUCAACUUGGCACACUCAUUCCUCCUAAACACAAAGUGUGCCUAUAUGGAGAUGGCAAUGUGAAAGUGGCUUUUUUAGACGAAGAUGAUGUAGCAACAUACACAAUUAGAACAAUAGAUGAUCCUCGUACAUUGAACAAAACAUUGUACCUUCGACCACCAGAAAACAUCCUUACUCAAAGGCAGUUAGUCGAGAAGUGGGAAAAACUUACAAACAAAGAACUAGAGAAGUUCAGCAUCUUUGCAGAAGACUUCCUAACAUCCAUGAAAGAUAUGGACUUUGCUGGCCAAGUAGGAGUGGCGCAUUUCUAUCACAUUUUCUAUGAAGGCUGUUUAAUGAACUUUGAAAUAGGGGAAGAUGGAGAAGAAGCUUCAGAGCUCUAUCCUGAGGUUCAAUACACUCGCAUGGAUACAUACUUGGAAUGCUAUCUAUAA